GCGAACGCCACGAAAGCGUAUUGCGAAUGAUUGCGAAUUUGACGUGCUUGUCCGAUGACUCCGUCAUCUACGACCCACGUGACCGUCGUAUAAACACACGAACACGCACAUAUAUGCAUGCGUGUACGGAAUAUGAUGUGGAACAUAUGUUGACGUAAGCUUACGCCUCGAACGUUGAAAAAGUUGAAUUCUUCGAUUCGCGACAAGGUACUUAAACGUUAAGAUCUGCCGAACGUGUGCGCAAGAUUUCUCGCCUUUUCCAGGGAAAAGGCCCGUUAUACGUAGAGAUGGCGACGUCCGAAAGCGACGCCGACUUUGAAAGCGCUGACGAGGAAUUGGGUCGCGGGGUCUUCGUUAAGAGAAACAUCCGGGCGACAGUCUAUCGAACGACGGUUGACUCCGAGUCAGACGAUGAUGCUGAAUAUGUUCAACAUGCGCCUUGCGAUAUCAUCAACUGGCAGAGCAGGUCUGAGACUUUCCGAAUGACGCCAGAUGUGUUGACUCGAAAGACCUUGGUCGAUAAUAAGGAUGAUAAGAUAGAUAGUAAUGUCAAAGUUGAAAGUGAUACAUGUACUGCCAAGUCGAUUGAUUGUGUAGAAAAAGCUUCUAACGAACGAGAGACUACGUCCCCCGUUGAGUCAAGAAAAUCCUCAUCAACCUCUACGAUAUCAGUAAAGGACAAAGAAUCUAUGGUAGAGAGUAAUAAGAUCUUGGAAUCAGAUGUCAUGUCCGAAGUAGAAGCUACAAAAACCAAGUUGGAUAACAAGAAAAUUUCCCAAACAAAGCAACAAGGUACAACUGCUCGCCAGUUGGAUACAAAAAAAUUAGGAACUAGACUUACAAAGGAUAAGAUCGAUGAACCUUGCGUCAAUAUAGCUACAGAACUGGAAGAUGCAGCCAAGUAUUCAAAUAAGAAAUCCUUAUUGUUUGUGGGCAAAAAUACAGAAUGUAAAUCAGAAGAAAAAUCAAAAACUCAAGUAACAGAAGUUUUUCAGCCUGAAGGUUGGGAAGGACUUGGAGAUGACGUCGAAUUGCCUGAUGAAUUGACAGAAGAGAAAUUACAGCCUAUGUUACAGAGGCUCUCCUUGGCAGACAAACAAGAUAGCAAAGAUGAAGAUUCUUUAGGAAGCUGGGGCGAUUGGGGAAAUUGGGGUGUAACUUCGUUAAUCAAUACAGCUACCGCAAGUGUAUCUACUCUAACUAGUCAUGUGUCUCAAGGACUUAUACUUUUGGAAGGUACAAUAGUACAGGAUCCUACAGAAUUGGAAAGGAUAAAGCAGAAUGCAGUUUCUGAACCUGAUGAUUCACAGCCGGAGAUCCAGGAACAAGAUAGUCAAUCGUUCAGUUCGUUCGGAUUUGGGAAUUUGAUAUCAGGAGUGUCUUCAAUUACAAAAUUAGUUGAAUCCACCGGCAGCAAAGUUAUGACGGGUGGUUUAGAUACGUUGGAGGCUAUCGGAAAGAAAACAAUGGAGGUAUUACAAGAAGGUGAUCCAGGAUUUAAGAAAAAAAGGGCCUUUUUCAUGAAUGAACCGGAGAAACCAAACUUGUCACAAAUUCUCAGAGAAGCGAAGGAAAAAGCCGAAACGGAAGAGAAAACAAUCGAGGGGCGCGAAUUAGUGAGGAAGGUGCAUUAUGAGAGUUUAUUCGACGAUUAUCAGGGACUUGUUCACUUAGAAGCUCUGGAAAUGUUAUCAAAACAGAGCAAUAUGAAAAUUCAACAAUAUUUAAUCGAGCUGGAUACAAACGACUUGACAUCUGUGCAAGAAACAUUAGAAGAAAUCAAGGAACUUUGUGAUUUAGGUGAUGAAGAUGACGAUGAGGAUAAAAAUGAUAAAGAUUUGAAAAGCAGAUUAAAGAACGCUUGUCACGAUCUUGGUGUUGAUAUUACUUAUGAAAAAUUAUAUGAUGUUUGGACAGAAACGGAAAAUUAUCUUGCAUCAUCCACAACGCAUACAGAUCAGGAGAUUUUUCAGAAUGCUAUAUCGACAUUGGCACAGUUUACAGCACUCUCCGUAGAGAGAUUUCAUAAGACGGCAGAAUUGUUGUUAAUCAAAGAACGUCGCAGUACAGUGAACGAAGCAGAUGCCUUGGUACAACUCACCAAUGUUCUAUCUAAUCAGAUUAGCUUACUGGCCAAUUCAUUUUGCGAUACGUUACAUCGAUUUGCCGAGACUACGAAAAAACCAGAUAACAUCAAUGCGAAUAUAACAACAAUUUUCUUAGAAGCUGCAAAUGCAAAUUCAUAUAUUCAAGAUGCCUUUAGACUUCUUAUUCCUAUUCUACAAGUUGGUACAAUCUAA